CCGGCUGGCACGAGGAGCGUCUGUCAAUUAUGUGACAGAGAAAUAACAUAGAGGUCACACCCCGCGGGGGAAAUACAGCAGCAGACGAGUGGACAUGGAUGCGUCCAGCAGUCCAGCAGAGGAGGAGCAGGCUUUGAAUUACAGGCCGCCUCCUCUCCAUCACCCAGCCCCCUACACAGACGCUACAUUCAACGGAGGAAACGGAAAAGACGAAACAUACAAGAAGGUUUUUCAUUUCAAAACCCCGGGGCUGUGGAAAGAACAGAGAGUUCCCUUUUUUUAAAACUUAAACUUGCCCACUUUUGGCUUCAUUGUCACACCACAAACCAGGCAUUCCACUCUGUUAUUUCCACUUUUUUUGUCAUCUUUUCGCCAGCUGUUUGCAGCUGGCAGAAAGCACCCGCCCUGUUCGGGAAAAAGGGACCGAGAGUGAUCGGAGGAGGAGAGAGAUGCCACCCCAACCUCCCCAGCCGCAGGUGAGGACGAAUAUCCUGAAGUUCGUCAAGAGCUUUUUGGGAAUCAUCCGGAUCCUGCAGAUUGUGUUUGGAGCCGGGCUGUGGGUCACCAUCGCCGCGAACAAAUACGAGGGAUCCAUCCACUUCGUCCUGUUCGUCGCUGUCCUGUUUUGGCUCCUCACCCUCGCCCUGUUCUUCCUCACCCUCCUGGACAAGCAGGAUCUCGUCCCGAUGCUGGGCGGCGAGCGCUGGUUGUCCACCAACCUGGCGCACGACGUGGCCGCCGCCGCGCUCUACCUGCCGGCCAUAGGUGUGAUGAUCUACAAGACGGAUCGCCACUCAUACUGCAACCUGGAGCAGUACAAGCACAACUGUCUGUACAAGGUCUACCUGACGGCCGCCGUGUUCGCCUGCCUGUGCUGCCUGGCUUACCUCCUCUCGGUUAUUUAUGGGGCGUGCAGGAAGUGUAGAGGAGAGCAAACGGUGAUCUGAUGAGACUCAAAGGGGGGUGAUG